UCGGUGCCUUCUGUCGGGGUAAACAGAGGCAAUGCGCAUACCACUUAACAAUAUACACCACCAGCGUGCACUCUGCUACUAUUAGCGACAGUGAUUAGACAUCUGGGUUUUCCUUGAACUCAUUCUGUACCAUCACCAUUGGAUUACAAGUCAUCUACCCAAGGAGCUACAAUCUGGAUAGUGUGUAAUGGCGGGUAUCAUCCCAGACUGUUUUUACUGGAUGCUUUUUGUAGGGGUAGUGUGUUCCUUGAAGGUGCCGGAGAAAUCCUCAAUUAAGGAAACAGAAUAUGGAAAGGUUCAGGGGGUCGUGACAGAACCUUUACCCAGGAGGAAAGUCGCCAAUUUUCUGGGAAUUCCUUAUGCGAAACCUCCAAUUGGAAAUCUCAGAUUUGUGAGGACGCAGCGACCUGACCCCUGGGGUGCAGUGAAGUAUGCCGGGGAGCUUCCUCCAGCCUGUCCCCAGACCCCCGACAUGUCAUAUGUUAACCUGCACAGCCCCGGGUUUAACAGGGAGGACGAAGAUUGUCUAUACAUCAACGUGUACGUCCCUCAGCGAGUCUCUCAGAACAUCCCUGUAUUUCUGUAUGUGCACGGCGGCUCUAACAGAGUAGGAAUGGGGGCAAUGUUACGAGGAGAUAUCUUGGCGGCGUUUGGAGACAUCAUCGUUGUCAAUUUUAAUUACCGCCUUGGUUCUCUAGGGUUUUAUGCAGCUAGAAAGGAGGGAUUGACUGGAAAUUACGGAUUCUUUGAUCAGGUGAUGGCGCUUCACUGGGUAAAAGACAACAUAGCUAAGUUUGGUGGAGACCCAGAAAUGGUCACCAUUGCUGGACAUAGCGCAGGGGCGGCUGACGUAGGGUUUCAUGUGAUCUCUCCUUUAAGCAAAGGAUUAUUCCGUCGCGCCAUGAUAAUGAGUGGUUCCCCAAUUGCUUUCUGGGGAUUAGCGGCGCCCCACUGGAAGCCGGGAUACAACAUCGCUGAACACUGCGACAGAGAUCUCUGUCCCAGAAACCGAGACCCUAAAGAAUUCAAGAAUUAUUUAAUGCAACUGCCGUGGAAAAAGUUCACGAACCGCAAUAUCACACCCAUACCCACAGAUUAUCAACAAGUUUUAACGUUUCCGGUGUCCAUCGUUGAUGAAGAAUUCAUCACAGAACGACCAGAAACAGCCAUACAAGCUAAAAAGAUGAACUGUGAAUCCUUCGUCUUCUCCAUUACAAGGGACGAGGGAUCUGUAGAUGUCAUGUAUGUGCACGACAAUGUGAAGGGUAAAACAGGCAAAUUUGAUCAGGAGACAUUUCGCCAGGUUCUGGAUUGGUACAAACCUAUCUACCCCAAAGUCCCCAAUCUCGAUGAUCUGAUUAUGCAUGAAUACGGUGGUUGGGAGAAUUUUACCAAUCGCAAUGAGGAGGUCAAUAUUCUAGAACGAUACACACAGAUGGAGAGUGACAUAGUAUUUGUGGCUCCCAUGGUCAAGUUAGCCGACCUUCUGACGUCAGCGGGGGUCAAUGACAUCACGUUUUUCAGUUUUGAAUAUAUUUCAGCGAAUAAUAAAUUAAGGGACUGGGAAGGGAUCCCACAUGGCGCUGAUCUGUUUUACAUCUUUGGUUUACCUCACGUCGGACACCCCCAGUUUACCUUUGACGACAGAGAUAGGGAGGCCAGUACGAUGACAAUGACGAUGUGGACCAACUUUGUCAAAACGGGGGUGUUUUCUGUUGGUUCCAAACCUUUCCAAAAGUACUCACCAUCAAGAUCCUACAACCGACUUCAUGUGAGUAAUGGCUCUCUGGUCGUUAGUGCUGAGGACACAUAUCAUCCCCGGAGGAUGGAAUUUUGGAACUCUUUACUGCCAUCAUUAAGUACAUCAGCCCGAAGCUCAUCAAGUGGGCAGCAUCUUGCACCAACAUUAGCGCUUACCAGUAUAUCGUUUUUCAUAUUCCAUACAUGGAGUGUAUUUUUAUGAUAUUUAGAAUAAUCAUUGUAGAACGAGUGUAGAGAAAUUGGUUCAUAGUAAGAAAAUAAUUGAUUAAAGAAUCUGCCUCAUAUUGUGAUAAUUUAGGUGAGAGAGAGAGGGAGGGAGGGAGAGAGAGAGUGGGAGGGAGGGAGCAAUUGGAUAAACCAUCUGUCUAGAAACCUAAUGACCUUGUUUUCGUUUUGACUAAAUUAUUUCUUUUAAUUCACUCACUUACAUGUAGACAUUCUUUUUUGGUAAAAACAUAUUUUUGAAGUGCAAUAUUUGAAGUGAUAUAUACCGAGUUUAAUUUUUUCAACUCCUAUUUCUUUGCAAAAAUUAAUGUAGUCGGGGCUUCAUUGACUUCCAAAUUUAAGAUUAAAGUUCUAUUUCCUCUGUAAGUUGCAAACGACUACGUAUCAAAUCAAGAUGAAUGUAAUGGAUGAAGGUGUUUCUAAUUUGUAUUUUAUGUGUUGCCCUUUUUUAAGUAACUGUGAGCAUACUUUAACAUUGUAAAGUUCAGCCAUAAUGCCAUAUUAAAAUUUCUAUCAGCACUAUCCAAGUUCCUACAAUGUUUGUCCCAAGGAGCACCUUGUGAUCAACACGUGUAUAAACAUCAUUGUAAAUAUGUAUACCAGAAACAUAUCGUACUCUGAUAAUAAAAAUUAUAUAUUUAUA